AUGGACUAUAAAAUAUAUUUUUUAAAUCUAUUUUUAGUUGUUACUUGUUAUGAAUUAAAGCAAGUGGUUAUAUUAAGCAGGCAUAAUAUAAGAAGUCCUUUGGUAGAUGCUUUCAAGAAGUUUUCACCUCGUCCAUGGCCGAAAUGGAAUGUGAGUGUUGGUUAUCUCACAGAAAAAGGUGCUUCAAUGGAAGAAAAUAUGGGUGAAUAUAUGUCUAAUUGGUUGUGCACUGAGCUUUUUAAAGAUAACUGCCCCGAAGAGAGUUCCUUUCAAAUAUUCGCAAACUCAACACAGAGAACUUAUGAAUCAUCGAAGGCAUUCAUGCGUGGUGUUUUUAAAAAUUGCAAUAAUGUUUUAAGAAUGGGAACCGAAGAAAUGGCUUCAGUGUUUGAAGUUGUUGUUCGUAAUGAUUCAACAGUGCUUCAAGAGCUUGUGGUUAAGGAAAUGGAAACGAAAAUAAGAGAAUUGGAUACACGGAAACCAUAUAGUUUAUUGGAAGAUGUAUUAGAUUUAAAAAAUGCUGAAGUGUGUAAAAUGGAGGGCAUAUGUCACUUUGAUAAAGCUAAUAAUAAAAUUAUUUAUGAAUUAGGAAACUUGCCGAAUGUAGGUGGCUCUUUGCUAUGGGCACAUCUGAUAGUUGAUUCGUUUCUCAUGAGUUAUUACGAUGGAUUUCCAUUAGAAGAUGUGGCUUGGGGAAGAAUUAAGGAUUCUGAACAGUGGAGGAUACUCACAAAAACAAUAAGUCAAUACCAACACGUCGUUUUCAACAGUAAGCUAGUUGGGAGACAAGUAUCAAAACCACUUCUUAGUUACAUAUCGUCAGUGCUUACAAAAGAAACAGAAAAGAAAAUCAUUAUACUGCAUGGCCAUGAUGCAAAUUUAUAUUUUGUUUUGGCGGCACUGGAUGUAAAUGAGUUUCUGUUGCCAGAUCAAUAUGAAAUCGUACCAAUAGGUGGGAAGUUAGUGUUCCAGAGAUGGUACGACGCUACACAGGAUAGAGAUUUAUUUAAAUUGUAUUAUGUAUAUUUAACAGUAGACCAGAUAAGAGAUGGAUCAAAACUAUCAACAAAUAAUCAACCGCGACGGGUUCAACUGUUCAUAAAGAAUUGUCAUGUAGAUUCAGACGGGUUCUGUACUUGGGAAGAUUUUGUUAAAGUAUUAAAUGAUGCAGUAAGUUUUUAA